AUGUCCCUUACCCCAUCCGGCAGCGUUACCCCAAAGCUGAUGGGUAGGUCAAAUCACGCCCAGCAGUAUGAAACCGACAGCGGAAAUGACGCGUCCUCGACCAACACUACUCUCACCGUGCGAUGCGAUCACGAGUCGAUCUGCCUAUCCAAGGACCUGACGAAACUGCACGACGAUCCUAACGCAAUCAGCGACCCAAUCCAAUGCAACGACGGCGACUCUAACGUCGGCUACCAGGACUCCAAAUCCAUCACCAUUAGCUUCACCAUCAGUCCAGGCAAACUGGCCAGCGAAUGGAUCCCCGGUGGGUUCAGCGUCUCCGAGUCGUGGACAACGGGAAACAGCUACAGUGCAAUGGCAAACAAGGUGAGACUGUUUGCGACUGGUAUGAAAUAAGACAUGUUGCGUAUACGGUGGAGAAUUGGAGAGAGUGGACGACUCCCGUCAAGUUUGGCAAAGGCGCAAUGCAGAGCACGGCAAGAUUGACGAGUCCUUUGAAGGGCAACCCUAACGGAGGAUAUCGGUAUGAGAGGGGCGGAAGGUGUGGCAAGGUGGAGGAUUCUCGUUGGAUAGAGGUUUGAUGAGAGGGAGGCGGUUCCUUGGGAACAGAGUCGAAGUAUGUGAGGUUCCUGGUGCGUGUGUC